UGUGAGGUAACCACACAUGUUCACUUUCCUGUCGCACACAAGGAAUCAAGUGUGCCCGCUUUAAACGUGUCAUUUAUUUGCCUUUCACGAAAGCACAACAACACAUUUGACCAACGAGCCAUUUCGGUGCUGGUGGCAAAUGUGAGGGAGGAGGGGAGGGGAGCUUCAUUGGCUUCUUUAUAAUAGCUCCCGAGUGCACCGAGUUCAUGUGUCCGUAAAAGGCGGCACGACAUGACUACAUUAGCCUAGCUUCCGUAAAGAAGCUACCCGCCACUAACAACAACAAAAAAAAGAUGUCUGCCUCUUUAAAAGUGCUGUUAGCCAAACGGGACGCGAAGUCGAGCUGCUCUGUUCAAGUGUCCAUGUGAGCGGCUCCCACUUCCCUCCACACAGGCAGCGGGCACUCAGAGGACGAGCGUGGCCGAGGGAGAGGGGCGACGGGCGGCCACGGUAGAGCCACGAGACUCGCUUAGAAGAAGAAGGAAAACAAGGGGGUCGUUUUUUUUCCUAAUCGGCAAACUUUAUUUGUCGCCUGAAGAGGACAGCUCGUCACCGUGCAUGGAAUAACCUCCUAUUCGGGAGUACGCUGCCUUCAUCACAGAAGUCCACCAACCAACCAAACAACAUCGGUGUUUCCUCAUCUCAUAUGCUAUCCGUUGUCACCUUAACAGGACUGUUCAGGUUCAUUUGGAAUACCGUGAGGCGUCAAAGGAGGAGGACGAGGGAGAUGGGAGAGGAACAGAGAGAUAAUGACAGGCAGGCAGAGGGAGUCUUUGAGGCAGCGCCACCACUGACAGCAAGCGGGCAGAAUGGAGCUUCCGAGGAUACGGAAGACACGGAAAAGUCAGUCACACGGCAGACAGAACGCUGUCUUUUUUUAUUGAGAAUUUAAGGAACGGCGCCGCGCAUCAAAAACUCCACUUCAGGGUCCUCGCCACCGGUUUGUCUGGCAGCCUUAGAUUAACUGCGAAGACCGUCUGAGCACGUUUUUCUGCAUUAGUGCAUGAGAGAGCAGGAAAAAAGGAGAGCGGGAGGGAGAGACUGUUAUGUGCUGCUUUCCCCAGACUCCUUUCCCUGGCGCUUUCUGCAAUCCAUAGCAGAAGAGUCCUGGUCCAAUAUGUCGCAGUUGCUCCAUGUGGAGAUCCCAAACUUUGGAGCCACCGUCCUGGGCUCCCUUAAUGAGCAGCGCUUGUUGGGACACUACUGUGAUGUCUCCAUCCUGGUCAAAGGCCAGGCUUUCAAAGCCCACCGGGCCGUCCUGGCCGCCAGCAGCCUCUACUUCCGCGACCUCUUCAGCACCUCCACCAAGACCCAGUUCGAGCUGCCCUCCUCGGUCACACCCGCCUGCUUCGAGCAGAUCCUGUCUUUCUGCUACACGGGGAAGUUAACCAUGGCGGCCAGCGAACAGCUGGUGGUCAUGUACACGGCGGGCUACCUUCAGAUCCAGCAUAUCGUGGAAAGAGGCAUGGACCUGAUGUUCAAGGCCAACUCUCCGCACUGUGACUCGCAGACGGCGGGCUCCUUAGAAGAGACUGGAUCCGAGCCCCAGAGUCCUUGCAAUAAUGGCAGCGGCUUGGCGGUGGCCGCCCUUUUGGCCAACCCCGGCUGGUCCCCGUCUCUCGUCCUGCCGCCACGGAAGAUUAAACUAGAAGGUGGUGAGCCCACGCCGCUCACGCUACCAUCAACGCAGAGCAAAAUCACAUCCUCAGAGCUGGGGAGUCGGUUGGCGAGGGCCAGUUCCUUGUUCUACACCACGGCCGGAGGGACCACCAUUCCCGGCGUACCCCCUUACCACCUACUGGGGGGUGGGGGCGGCGGGGCGGGGGGAGCGGCGGGAGGUGAAAGAUCAAGUCCAGGGGAAUCCAGUCUGCCCACCACUGACAGUCCGACCUCAUACCAGAACGAAGAUGAAGAGUUUGAGGAGGAGCCGUACGAUGGGAUGGCAGAGGACGGCUACGGUCACAUCUAUGGGCGUUCGGGCAACCCCUUUGGAAUCCCGGACAAGCCCGACAUGGCGGGGGUGCCCCUGGCCUUGGAGAACCGCAACUGCGUGCUGAUCCGCAGGGACCUGGUGGCGCUGCCCGCAAGCCUGAUCAGCCAGAUAGGCUACCGCUGUCACCCCAAGCUCUACACGGAGGGCGAUCCCGGGGAGAAGCUGGAACUGGUUGCUGGUACGCAGGUGUUCAUGACUCGAGGCCAACUCAUGAACUGUCAUCUCUGCGCUGGAAUCAAACACAAAGUCUUGUUGCGGCGUCUCUUAGCGACAUUCUUUGAUAGGAACACGUUAGCCAACAGCUGUGGGACUGGUAUCCGCUCCUCCACCAGUGACCCCAGUAGGAAACCCCUGGACAGCAGGGUCCUCAACGCUGUCAAACUCUACUGUCAGAAUUUCAACCCUAACUUCAAGGAGAGUGAAAUGAACGUGAUUGCUGCUGACAUGUGCACAAACGCACGGCGUGUCCGCAAGAGAUGGCUGCCCAAGAUCAAGUCCAUGCUGCCCGACGGUAUGGAGGUGUACCGCGCUGGCAUGGCCAUGGGCGGCGCCUCCGUUGGGCUGGGGCUGGGCCUCGGCUCCGCCCCUCAACAAGGUGUUCCCAUCACCUUCGAGGCCGACUUCAAGACCUUUGAGCAGAGGCUGUAUCCCGAGCGCAAGGACCCUCUGAGGACUCAUCCACCGCUGGCUGACGGCAGCCCGGGCUCGGCGGCGACCGCAACAGAGGCGGAGGCCGCGGCAGUCGGAGUCCGGGAGGAGCAGGAGGAAGAUGAGGAUGAAGCCGGCUUAGACACCGGCGAUGGAUCGCUGGGGGCGCCGGCUUCCAUCCCCGGCGCCGAGGCCGGAGAUGCGUCGACCGAGCAGGAAGGUUUUGAACAAGGCCUGCGAGUAAACGGACAGUGAAUGUCGGCGCUCACAUCGUGAAGUUGGCUUUUAACCUUUUUGCUUGGCGCAAUUCCUCCUCCUCUGUGCUUCCUCAAGAGAAAAUAUCCAGUGCAAAAAGCUUGUGAGCUGACGCCGCAGAAAUUAGUCCCAAGUGUACACACGUCCUCUGUGUGUACACUUGGUGAGUGUUGACAUAGAUGGCGCUCCAAGCAGACGCAGGCAUGGCAUCCAGAUAGUCGCUCUCCGCUCCCGAUACUGAUGGCUUUCUCUGAAGCUCGCCUCCGACUGCCCCCUCUUAUUUGGAAUACCCGUCACUGACGCCCACGGUAUAUUACGCUGAGCUAUGCAAUAGUACACCUUAGCAUCAAGCAGCAACCCGGGUUUUCUAGAGGAAGAACAUCUUAAUGCAUGACUACAUUAGCGUCAUAGUGGCCCAACAUUGGAUGUGUAAUCAUGAGGACCAUACAUAUGUAAAUAUAUACAAAGGAGUAUGUAUAUACAAAGGAGUUGUAGGGCCACACUGUAAAUACAAAAACAAAUACAAAUAACAUGACAGGAAUAAAAUAGUAACAUCACGAGAAGUACUUUUUGAUGCAACAGCGUUCAUGAUGGGGACUUCCUUAUAUGGACUUCCUGAUAUGGAUUUCCUUAUAUGGACCUCCGUAUAUGCCUGCACUCAGUAAACUCAGAAGUCCUCGGGAGUGUGACCAAUCACAGCAGAGUGGGUGUACCUGGAAGCGGGCCGGGGGUGUAGUCAAGUUUAUGGAAACACUGAAGAAUCUGGAAGAUCUAGAAAGCUUUGUGUGCUGCUCUACAGGAGACCACAAAUCGAUAAGAAGGGCCCCAAAAAGGCCAUAAUGGGUCCCCUUUAAAAAUAACAUAAUAAUAAGUAAAGAUAAGAAAUUGACCAGUGAAAGUAGAGCUUACACUUUUACUCCCAAUGAAAUAGUACAUUUUUACAUUUGUCAUAAUGUGGCAAAAAUGAUAAACCCCCCCAUCCCCUUUUCAUUGCCGUCUUAGACAAUGCCUGUAACAUUGAGCGAAGAGAGCUUCCCAGUCUCUUCUGGGAAAUGUACGAAUUCUAGAAGUCUCCGAUUAUUGUAGUACUCCCUCGUAACAGGCAUUGCCUGGGACGGCUAUGAAGAGGAGCGAGGUUAUGUCACAUUUGGCCCUGAUGAAUGAAUUCCUGGGGGCACUGGGGGCGCUCUCAUGCUCCUUGUUAAUAUACAUGUAGGGAUGAUAUCA